UUGAUGUUUUUCCGUUUCUGCAUUUACUCCCUUCCUACCUAGGACUCAGCAUCAUCGAUCAGCAUGAGUAUCUACCUGGUCAAUGUCAAUCACCACCACGUUACAAAUAGUGCUAUUGUACCUCUUCUUCUUCUUCUUCUGCACCUUGCACAGGAAAAUGGAGGCUCACGCUACUUCAUUGGUAUCCAAAGCCAGAACCGCAUUCCAUUCCGCAGCUGCAAAAGCGGAGCGGGUUCUCAUGGACUUCAAAUCCGAUUUAGGUGAAGAUUCUGACAAGCAAUCACGCCACCAGUCAGGGAGGCUGCAGGGAGAUGACUCUGCUCAGAAGAAUGAGAUGGAGUCAAAGCUUUUCAAUGAUCUGAAGCAUAUAAAGUGGAGACCACUACAUAUAGGAAAGAAGCAGGAUUGGCAAGAUAGAAUUAAAAACUUUCGGAAAGGGAGAAAAGAAAUCGAAGAUACAGAUAAAGUUGGAGAUGCAAACAUUACUGCUGAUGCAUUAUAUGAUGAAGAUUGGUCCAUCGUCAAUGUGAGAAAUGAUCUUAAUGCCAAGGCGUCAGAAGCUAUUCUUCCAGAAUUGAGACGGUCAGGGCUGGCCGGAACAGAAGCAAUUCCAUCGGUUGAAGGCUUAACUGUGGCGACUGAAGACCCUAUUCCUCCAUCAUCUGUCCUGAAGCAAUUGGCUUUAGCUGUUGAGGCUGGACGGAAAACACAUUCAAUGAAGGAUUUUGUAGCUUCAUCCGGAGGUUCUUCCCCUGCCUUAGAGAGGGAAGGCUUAAGUCUCUCUGCAAUAAAGGCUUUAGUGUUACGUGAAAAGGAGGAAAAACUCUCCUCUGAGUUUUGUAGCAAUGAGAAAGUUGUGUAUUUGAUUAAUUCUCUGUUUAAUCCAGAGGGAGAGUUCCUUAGAAGGAAGAUCAACUCUGACCCAGAAGAAAUUGCUUUAACAUCUUUGCCAAGAGAUAUUCACAGUGCUCCUCCUGAAAGCCUAGUUGUUAAACUGGCUGAAGUAAUUGGAAACUUCAAGACUGUUCGAAAAAUGGCUCUUUUUUGGUGCAGUGUUGUUACUGAACUGAGAAAACUUUGGUCUGAAGACAAACAUUUACCUGGAGUCCCCCCAGAUGAUGUUCCAGAUCUGAAGUCAUGCCUUCUGUAUCAACAGUUUCAAGUAAUUAAUUGCUGCAUCUCUCGGAAAAGGCGCCAUAUUAUUGCCACCGAAGCCGUAGACUCUAUGGUGAUGGAAGCCAAUUCAAAUACAUUAAAAUCAGGAAACCACAGUGACAGAACUUCUGCUACUCCUGUAUUAUAUGCUAGGAUCAGUACUGGAGAGCUUGUUCUUCGACUUGGUGCUCUUUGCCCAUCUGGAGAUCUAACAUUAUUGGAAACCGGCGAGCCUAUGUACACUCCUAUCACGCAGGAGGGAGCCUUGCUUACAGAAGAUUUGAUCAAAGAGACAGAGGAGUUUGUGCUUCGGACAGGGAGUGUUGGUGCUGGGUGCUCUCAGCUUCUCUCUGAUAUGCAAGCUUUCAAGGCUGCAAAUCCAGGUUGUAUUUUGGAAGAUUUUGUGAGAUGGUACUCUCCUCCUGAUUGGACUGAAAAUGAGGCAAGUACUGAGGAAACUGAGUGUUCUGAUGGUGGUGAGUCAUUGCCUACCAAAGGUCAGCUAAGUCAGCGAAUGCAGAAAGAAGGUAAUUUGUGGCGUGAAUUGUGGGAAACAUCUAAACCAGUACCAGCUGCAAAACAAACACCUCUCUUUGAUGAGGAUUUGGUGGUGAAGGGCAUCCUUGAUGCACUUGAGGAAAUCCAGCCUUCUGAACUCUUUGGACAGCUCUUUGUUUCUCUUCUUGGUUUAGGAUUUAUAAUUGCCGAACCUGUGCUGUCUGGUAAUGUUGACUUCUCCAAGAUGUUUAAUGACUACAAGGAGUAUGUAGCAGCCACUUGUCAAAGCAGCAGAUUCAAUGAGGAAGUUGAUGAACUUGUUAAGGUAUAUGAAAUGGUGGAGACAAUGUUGCUGAAUCCUAAGGAGGCACUGAAGAUGAUGAAGCAAACAGAAGAAUCAACUGUGACUACUGGUGAGCCGACACGCAGGUUCAAGAAGCUUAGUCAAAUCUUUGGUGGCAAAGAUAAACUGCUGACAAGGCCUGUCUCGCAAGAUGUAAACAAAGAAGAAAAAUGCAUUCGACAAUCUUUUUCAAGUUUCUUUGAGAGGAACUCAUCUUUGCUUUCAAAGAAGUGUCCCAAACCUGGAUACCAGUCCCCUGUUGAGACACUUCCCUCUCCAGAAAGCGAUUGGACGUUUGUUUAAACUUUAAAACAAACUAUAGCUUCACCUGUGUAGAUGAACAACAUUUUUUCUUUAUAUUUUCUUAUUUCCUAAUGUAUUUAACAUCAUAUAAAUGAUAUAAAUGAUAUUUAGGUGAUUUUUAUGUUGUUGAAAAGAUAGAACAAUUGUUCACAA